UGUGAGGGUCAGUCGCUUUACCUCACAGUUGAGUUGUACAGCAGUUAUGAACAGAACAGUUCCUCAAAAAUCCAGAUGGGCAGAAAGACGAUCUACUGUGGUUUAUGCGGUCCGCUCGGCCACAUACGGCUCCUGGAGGAUGCUCACCCUGGGCUCAGAGUACGAGGACACCUGGGCUCCGGCUCCGGGUCUCUCACCUGACAAGAGGCGCUCUACCAUGAAGCCGGUCAGCGAGGAGCCGGAGCCGGAGCUGGAGGAAACGGAGUCGGAGGAGGCGUCGUGGAGAUCAGUCGAUAAGGCCACGGUGCAAAAGUAUGACACGGUUUUACACCUGGACGGAGUGAGCAGACAGGGAACCGGAGACGGCGUCCGCAAAGUCGUGAGGAAGCACGACAUGCUGAACAACACGGCGUGGGCCCGCGGAAUGGCUCGCUUCGCAGAAGAUCUCCCCACCCGCUAUGGAGGAGGCGCAGGCGGCGGAGGGAGAGGCGGACCGGGCGCCGGGAGGGGGGGCGCCCGGGGUGGCGGCGCUCCGGGUGGGCAGAGGAUGUACAAGCAGUCGAUGGCCCAGAGGGCUCGGACAAUGGCCAUUUACAACCCGAACCCUGUCAAACAAAACUGCUUCACUGUCAACCGCUCCCUCUUCAUCUUCCGCGAGGACAAUCUCAUCAGGAAGUAUGCAAAGCGAAUAACAGAGUGGCCUCCAUUCGAGUACAUGAUCCUGGCUACAAUCAUCGCCAACUGCAUCGUCUUGGCCUUGGAGCAGCAUCUACCUGCUAGUGACAAGACGCCCAUGUCAGAGCGCCUGGACGACACAGAGCCCUACUUUAUUGGAAUAUUCUGUUUCGAGGCUGCCAUUAAGAUCAUCGCCCUGGGCUUCGCGUUUCACAAAGGCUCCUACCUCCGCAACGGCUGGAAUGUAAUGGACUUCGUGGUCGUCCUCACUGGAAUCUUGGCCACGGUGGGUUCAGACUUUGACCUCAGGACACUGCGAGCAGUGAGAGUGCUGAGACCCCUGAAGCUUGUUUCAGGAAUCCCCAGUCUCCAGGUGGUGUUGAAGUCUAUAAUGAAAGCCAUGGUUCCGCUGCUUCAGAUUGGCUUGCUGCUCUUCUUCGCCAUCGUCAUGUUCGCCAUCAUCGGGGUGGAGUUUUACAUGGGCAAGUUCCACACCACCUGCUUCAAGAUCGACACGGGGGAGAGAGCUGCUGACUGGCCUUGUGGUCUGGAGCCCCCAGCCAGAACUUGUCCCAACGGCACCCAGUGCAGAGAGUACUGGACCGGACCCAACUUCGGCAUCACCAACUUCGACAAUAUCCUGUUCGCAGUGCUCACCGUGUUCCAGUGCAUCACCAUGGAAGGCUGGGUGGACAUCCUCUACAGCACCAACGAUGUCGUAGGAAACACCUGGAACUGGCUCUACUUCAUCCCUCUCAUCAUCAUUGGAUCCUUCUUCAUGCUCAACCUUGUGCUUGGUGUCUUAUCGGGAGAAUUUGCCAAAGAGCGAGAGCGCGUGGAGAAGAGGCAGGAGUUCCUAAAGCUCCGAAGGCAGCAGCAGAUUGAGAGAGAGCUCACCGGAUACUUGGAGUGGAUCUGCAAAGCAGAAGAGGUGCUGCUGGAGGAGGAGGAUGAGAUCGCAGAGGAGAAGUCUCCUCUGGAUGGUGCGUGGUACAAGAGGAAGCAAAACCUUCCAGUCCUGAAGCGAGGCAAAGUCAAGAAGGGUAAGAACGACCUGAUCGGUGCCGAGGAGGGCGAGGAUCCUUUCGCGGACAUCUCCUCUGUUGCUCCUCCCGGCUCUCCGUUUGGCCGGGCCAGCGUGAAAAGCAGCGGGAAGAUGGACAGCUCCUCUUACUUCCGGCGUAAAGAGAAGAGGAUCCGCUUCUUCAUUCGCAGGAUGGUGAAAGCUCAGAGCUUCUACUGGAUUGUUCUGUGCCUGGUGGGCCUCAACACUCUCUGCGUGGCCAUAGUUCACUACGACCAACCUGAGUGGCUAACGAGGGCUCUCUACACAGCCGAGUUCGUGUUUCUGGGUUUGUUCCUGACUGAGAUGACGCUGAAGAUGUAUGGACUGGGAGCAAGAAAUUAUUUCCACUCUUCUUUUAACUGCUUCGAUUUUGGGGUGAUCGUGGGAAGUAUUUUUGAGGUGAUCUGGGACAUGAUAAAGCCAGGAGCAUCGUUUGGUAUCAGUGUGUUGAGAGCCUUGAGGCUGCUCAGGAUAUUCAAAGUCACCAAAUAUUGGAACUCGCUGAGGAACCUCGUGGUUUCCCUCCUCAACUCCAUGAAGUCUAUCAUCAGCUUGCUCUUCCUCCUCUUCCUCUUCAUCGUGGUGUUUGCUUUGCUGGGCAUGCAGCUCUUCGGAGGACAGUUUAACUUUGAAGAUGAGACCCCCACGACAAACUUUGAUACCUUUCCAGCCGCCAUCCUCACUGUGUUCCAGAUCUUGACUGGUGAGGACUGGAACGCUGUGAUGUACCACGGCAUUGAGUCUCAGGGAGGCGUUCGACGCGGCAUGUUCUCCUCCAUCUACUUCAUCGUCCUCACGCUGUUUGGAAACUACACACUCCUGAAUGUAUUCUUGGCUAUCGCUGUUGAUAACCUGGCGAAUGCUCAAGAACUGACUAAGGAUGAAGAGGAGCAGGAGGAGGCAGCCAAUAAGAAGCUGGCCCUGCAGAAGGCUCUGGAGGUGAAAGAAGUCAGCCCGAUGUCAGCAGCCAACAUUUCAAUCGCUGCUUUUGUAAAGCAAAAUCGAGAUGCACUCUCUCGCAGGUCGUCCAUCAGCAGCAUUCAGUCACCCAAGGAGCAGCAGCGGUCAGCAAAGAUCAUGUCAGUGUGGGAGCAGAGGACUAACCAGCUGAGGAAGCACAACAUGAGGGCGAGCAGCGAGGCCCUGUUCAAUGAGCUGGACCCCGAGGAGCGCCUCCGGCUGUCCACCGCCCUCCAUCUGCAUCCCGACAUGAAGACUCACCUGGACAGGCCUCUUAUGGUGGAGUCCAGGAACGGCGACCAACCCAGCAGGCCUCCCGACGAAGGCCGGGAUGAAGCGGUGGAUUCCCGGCAGGACGGGUUGGGAGACAGCUUCCACACCCACUCCAGGAAGCAUCACCGACACUGUGACAAGAACGGCGAGAACAGGGACGGAGGCGAUGGCCGCGGAGGGAGACACCACACCCACCACAGCAGGAGCAGGGAGCACAACGCCGACGGGCCCCAGACCAACGACAGGUGUGGGGACAGGAGCCAGAGCCGCGAUGGAGGGCAGGGACACAGACACCACCACCACCAGGCCGGCUCCCCCGAGGAUGAGCCCAAUGACGUGCGGGGAGAAGAACGAGGACAUCGCCAUCAUCACUCCCAUCGUCCACCCAAAGAGGGAAAUGGGAUGUUAGCCAACGGUGCACAGGGAGAGCGCAGGGGGAGGGGUGGAGGUGGAGGUGGAGGUGAGAGUAAUGGCGAGAGGAAGGCACGCUGCUCUCGCAUGAUCAGAGCUCAGUCUACCCUAGAUGGAGACGACUGCAGGAGGAACAAAAAUGGAACCAAAGGUUAUAGAGAAAGACAGUCAGAUGCUGAGGAAGAGAGCCUUUCCUGCAGUCCUCUGCAGCCACGGCGGAGCAGCCUGAGUCUCGGAGAAAAGCAAGAGGACGCUGACAACCAGAAGAACUCAACCAGGGCCAGCCAGGCCGCCCUCAACAGCAACGCUAUUCACAUCCCUGUCACCAUCACCGCCCCGCCUGGAGAAACCACCUUCAUAUCUAUGAACAACAUCGAUUGUGACAACUUCCAACUCAGUGAGGAGAAGAAAGAUCUGGAAGAGCAGGAGGCCGCUAAUGGGCCUCGGCAGAUCCUUCCCUACAGCUCAAUGUUUAUCUUUGGCCAAACUAACCCGGUGCGACGGCUGUGUCACUAUGUGGUCAACCUACGCUACUUUGAAAUGUGCAUCCUGAUGGUUAUCACCAUGAGUAGCAUCGCUCUGGCAGCCGAGGACCCCGUGCAAGCCAACGCACCGCGCAACAAUGUUCUCAAGUAUCUGGAUUAUGUCUUUACUGGAGUCUUCACUUUUGAGAUGGUGAUUAAGAUGAUUGACUUGGGACUGCUCCUCCACCCUGGCUCAUAUUUCCGUGACCUGUGGAACAUUCUCGACUUCAUUGUGGUCAGUGGAGCCCUGGUGGCAUUCGCCUGCUCGAGCCUUAUGGGGUCGCAACAAAGCGUGGCCAGAGGGACAAAAGGAAAGGACAUCAACACCAUCAAGUCCCUGAGGGUCCUCCGAGUCCUGCGGCCACUCAAGACCAUUAAACGGCUGCCCAAGCUGAAGGCCGUGUUUGACUGUGUUGUAAACUCUCUGAAGAACGUCCUCAACAUCCUCAUCGUCUACAUCCUCUUCAUGUUCAUCUUCGCUGUCAUCGCUGUGCAGCUUUUUAAGGGCAAAUUCUUCUACUGCACUGAUGAGUCAAAGGGCCUGGAGAAAGACUGCAGGGGCCAGUUUCUGGACUAUGACAGGGACGACGUAGCAGCUCAACCCAGAGAGUGGAAGAAGUACGAGUUUCACUACGAUAACGUUCUGUGGGCCUUCCUGACACUCUUCACCGUCUCUACUGGAGAGGGCUGGCCAGUGGUCCUAAAGCACUCCGUGGACGCCACGUACGAGGACCAGGGGCCCAGCCCAGGCUUCCGCAUGGAGACGUCCAUCUUCUACGUGGUCUACUUCGUGGUGUUUCCCUUCUUCUUCGUCAACAUAUUUGUGGCUUUGAUCAUCAUCACCUUCCAGGAGCAGGGAGACAAGGCCAUGUCGGAGUGCAGCUUGGAGAAGAACGAGAGGGCUUGUAUCGACUUUGCCAUCAAUGCCAAGCCGCUGACGAGAUACAUGCCCGAGAACAAGCAGUCCUUCCAGUACAAGAUGUGGAGAUUUGUGGUGUCGCCUCCUUUCGAGUAUGGCAUCAUGACUUUAAUCGCCCUCAACACGGUCGUCCUGAUGAUGAAGUUCUAUGGAGCUCCAGACCUGUACGAGUCCAUGCUGAAAUACUUAAACAUCGUCUUCACUGGCCUCUUCACGUUGGAGUGCAUCCUCAAGGUUAUUGCCUUCAAUCCACUGAACUACCUGAAAGAACCUUGGAACGUGUUUGACUUUGUGACUGUGAUUGGAAGCAUCACAGACAUUUUGUUCACAGAGAUAAAUACGAACAAGAUGAUCAACCUGAGCUUCCUGAGGCUGUUCAGAGCGGCUCGUCUUAUCAAGCUGCUGCGACAGGGCUACACUAUACGCAUCCUGCUCUGGACCUUUGUCCAGUCCUUCAAGGCCCUGCCAUAUGUCUGCCUGCUCAUUACCAUGUUGUUCUUCAUCUAUGCCAUCAUCGGCAUGCAGGUGUUUGGAAACAUUGAGCUGAACGAGGAGGCUGCCAUAAAUCACCACAACAACUUCCAGACCUUCUUCCAGGCACUGACCCUUCUCUUCAGGAGUGCGACAGGCGAAGCGUGGCAUGAGAUCAUGCUAGCGUGCCUCAGUAACAGACCGUGUGACAAGCUCUCAGGAACUGCAGGGAAGGAGUGUGGAAGUGACUUCGCCUACUUCUACUUUGUCUCCUUCAUCUUCCUCUGCUCCUUUCUGAUGCUGAAUCUCUUUGUGGCUGUAAUCAUGGACAACUUUGAGUACCUGACCAGAGACGCCUCCAUCCUGGGGCCUCAUCACCUUGAUGAGUUCAUACGCGUGUGGGCGGAAUACGACCCCGCUGCCUGUGGGAAGCUAUGCUAUCAGGAUAUGUACAAAUUGUUGCGUUUAAUCUCGCCGCCACUGGGCCUGGGGAAGAAGUGCCCUAACAGGGUGGCUUAUAAGCGAUUGGUGAGGAUGAACAUGCCCAUCGGGGAUGACAACACGGUGCAUUUCACCUCGACACUGAUGGCCCUGAUUCGCACAGCCCUGGAGAUCAAACUAGCAUCUGGGGUCCUGGCACAGCGUUUGUGUGAUGCCGACCUGAAGAGGGAGAUAAACAGAGUCUGGCCCAACCUGUCGCAGAAGACGGUCGACCUGCUGGUGACGCCACAUAAAUAUAAUGAGCUGACUGUGGGGAAGGUCUAUGCGGCUCUAAUGAUCUUUGACUACUACAAGCAGAACCGUGCCAAGAGACUCCAGCAGCAGCAUUCUGCAGGAGGACUCCAGAGUAAACUGGGGACGCUGUUCCGUCCUGUGCUGCCGCUCACUCAUAUACAGGAAGUAGAGCCGCCGAUGUCCAGCCCCAGACAGAACCUUCCACCACAGCCUGAGCCAGAAACAAAACCAGAGGCCCCGCCCACUACCACCACCAACACAGUGAAUAACAGGGACAGCAUGCUAAACCAGAGGGCUGCCAUUAAACAUUCCCAGUCUGGAGACGUUUCUCAGGCUGCGCUGAAGCCCAAAGGCCGGAGGAAGCUGCAGAGAGGCCAAUCAGAGGAUGUGCAAUAUUCCACAAGACCUCAGGAACUGGUUGAACUAAAGCCGGUGGAGAACAGUUCAGACACAGAGGGUUAUCCCCACCUGGAAGGACAGUGCAGAGCAGCUUCUCUGCCCAGAUUAAAUGCUGAGUACUAUCGGAGCCACCCUCGCCACGCCCCCGGGACCCACCUGGCACCAAUUGUCGAUCUCAGUCCCAUUAGACGAUCGGCGUCCUCGCUGACGCCACAGUACCACCAUGAGGAGGUCGGGCUGAGGGAGUAUGACCUGGAGCGUCCUGGUCAGGCCCAGUCCUCUAUGGGGCCUGGACAAGUCCAAGGUCAGGACAGAGGCCACCACCAUCACCACCACCACCGCUGCCAUCGGCGCAAGGACAAAGACAAAGACAAGAAGCAGAAGUCCCUGGAUAGAGCUGCAUCAGUGCAGCAAUCCAGCACUGUUGGUUCUUUCACCGACCCCUCAGCUGAGGGCCUGUCCAGAGAACGAGCGAGGGAGCGCGACCGCAGUCGGCCCCACGAGAGGAGGCACCACUCGUCGGCGGGAGAGAAGCAGCGCUACUACUCCUGUGAGCGUUACGGCAGCAGGGAGCAGUGCCACGCCAGGUCAGCCGGGCCCAGUCGAUCCACGUCUCCAGGAGAGGGACCCAACUCUGGUUUCCUCAAACAGCAUGGUAGCAGCGUGGUCAAAGCUGGCCCCGUGACGCUCCCCUCCGGUUCAAGCACGCCAGGCCGCGGCCGCAGGCAGCUCCCGCAGACGCCCCUCACCCCCCGUCCCGCCGUGGCCUACAAAACCGCCAACUCCUCCCCUCUCCCGUCCGGCGCCGGCGCUGCCACGACAGGGCACCAGACUCGCUUCAGCCGUGGCCUUUCAGAGCACGAUCGUUUACUCGGGGGCCAAAAUGAGUCCCAAAUACCGGUUACCCGCAUCGGUUCAGACCCCAAUUUAAACCGGCAGCAUCAGCAGCAGCAGCAGCAGCAGCAAGACUCCUCUCAGCGGACCCUCCUCGAAGAGAGCGAGGACUUCCAGGACGCUGUAAGCAGCCACGGAGGGGGACGCUCAGCCAGAACUGCCGCCUCCGCCGCAGAAUCGGCCUCACACGCCUCCGCCGGUGCCCCCGCCACAGCAGCCGGCUCACAGGGCCGGGCCGGGGGCGGGGGCGGAGGCGGGGGCGGGGGCGUGCCCAACGGGUACCACUUCACCCUCGGCCUCAACUCUGCGUCCGGGCCUGGGAACAGAGGGGCGGGAAGUCUCAGGGAGAGGGAGGACGAAGACUGGUGCUAACGCGGGAGGACACUUCAGAAGCGGUUUGGCGUUAGCUAGAAAGGGGAAGCUCACGGGCGCCGUUCAGCGCGUCUCGUGUCAGGUGCAGUGAGCUGGCACAGCCGGAGGCCAGCCGGUCGACUCACGCAGGAGGGAGGACGUUGAGGGGGGGCGGGAAGUGCUGUUAAAGGGGGUCACAAAUCAUUCCAGCUUUGUAGUGUUACUCUCUUUUUAAUAUAACAACCUCUUUAAGAAAUUUCAAACUUUUUCUACCCCCCUUUACUUGCACUGAAAUUAUAGCACAUGUGAAGACCCUUAAGUAUUUCGCCUUGGCCAGUAAAUUCAGUGGAGACGAAGACAAAAGCCAAAACCUCCUCAUUCUUUGAGUGAAAACAUGUUGAAGCUGGGAACACACUUUUUUAUUACCGUUAUGUCUCCUUUUGUUCAUGUUUCCGGGCAGGUGAAAGGCCACAGCAGUACUUACGUUCUGUCAGAGCAGCUUAGGAAAACCUUUUUACGUAGGUGGCAAAAUUCUGCCAUAACACCUGAUGAAGAUAUUAUAGUCAGAAAACAAACACACGAUGAUGUGCUCAAACAGGACUAGAGAGGGUUUACACUAUCACACGUUUUGUUAAUUGUACCAGAUGUAAAUUUUUAGAGUGCACACAGGAACUAGAACAACCCCUUUCUUUUUUUUUUUUUUUUAAAUUAAGUGGCUAAAUACUAAGUGCCUCGUUUUCCACCAUGUAUUACGAUGCAGCCUGGCUCGGUGUCAGAUAGACCUCAGCUUACAGUACAGGAUGUGAACCGAGUAAAACGAAACAAACUGAGUUUGAAUCUGAUCUAAACGACAGAAUGCAAAAAAAAUAAUAUAUACAUAUAUAUAUACAUACUUUUUUUUGGUACUAAAUCGUGUGGUAGGUAUGUCGGAAUUAGAGAUCCAAAGUAAGCAAUGUUAGUGCAUGCCAGGGUUGUCAAAAAUAGUGUUUGUACUUUUGCUUAAGGGUGCGUGGUAAGCAUUUGCCUUUCUCUUUCAAAUAUACUGCCAGUCGGUUGGUAGAAAACGCUCUCUGAAUGGGGAAAAAGUGCCAUUUUUUUCAGAAAAAAACCUCUCAAAUUCAGAAACACCUGCCUCCUCAAGCAUGCGGUACUAAUAAACUUAUCUCACCUCCGCCAUAUUUGCCCAAAUUUGAUGGGUUUCCUUUCUUCCCAUCUCUGUCCUCUGAGAGCAGUAUUGUGUGAGGGUUUUUGUAGGCGAGGUACCUGUUCACAGGUACAAUAAAGCGUUGUGUUGUUGCCAUUGACUGUUGACUAAAAGUAGGGCUAUGCAACAAGACGACACUUCAUCUGCCCUGUAGCUUUACCCUCUGGAAUCCCCAGGUUCAGGCUUUAGUGUGACUGUGACCAAAUUUUACAUUUCUGUAUGAAGAGUUGUAAAUUAUAGAUGUGUAUUAUACGAUGUACAGAGAACACAACACAAACUAAGGCACAAAUGUUAUCAGAGUUGAUAUAUGUGAAUCACGGGGCAUUUUGGAGGUUGACUGCAUGAUGCCCACUCAGAUAGAACCACCCAAAAUAUAAAGCUGUGUUCA